AUGGAUUUACAAGUGCCAUUGGAUAUCUUGUUGCCAUCGGAAUUCUACCAAAUGACCAGUUUGGUAUCCUUCGAUGUGGCCCGCAAUCGUUAUCUCUCGGGAACCAUUCCGACACAGCUGCAACUCAUGACGCAACUCACAUCGUUGCGGCUCAACAGCAAUGCUCUGACAGGGCCAAUCUACAGCGUAUUGGGGUUGUUGACGAAAUUGACGCGUUUGGAAUUGUAUGCCAACGAUUUGACUGGAACUCUGCCAACGGAACUGGGUCUCUGGACAAGCAUGGAAAAUUUGGCUCUGGGUCCGUCCCUCCUCACGGGUCCCAUCCCAAGUCAAGUGGGCCAUUUGUCCAACCUGACACAACUCUACUUGCAAGAGAGCUCCUUGUCGGGCAACCUCCCGAGCGAAUUGGGACUGUUGACGGCAUUUACGAGGCUGUGGAUCCAACACAAUCACAUGGAUGGGCCACUCCCCACAACACUGGCUCCAUCCCUUGAAUACUUGUGGCUCCAACACAAUCAGUUCACUGGUCCAAUGGCCAUUGGCUGGUGGCCGUCACUGUACCAGUUGCUGCUGGGAAACAAUAUCAUUUCGGGGACCAUUCCCUCGGAGCUGGCUUUGCUGUCCAAUUUGCGACGAUUAGAGUUGACCAACUUGACACACAUCGAAGGAACCAUUCCACCGGAGCUAACAUCCUUGACCUUGUUGGGACAUUUGGAAGUGAGCGGUAGCCCUGGUAUUACUGGCACGAUUCCAUCUGCAUUUUGCAAUUUUGAGCAGAAUGCAUCUUGCACCUACGAAACCAAGACUUUUACGACCCAUUGCGUUCUGGAGUAUGAGUGUUCCAAUUGGUUGUGCGGAUGCAGCUGUCCUUGUUAA